AUGUUAAAGGGUCUUGAACCAGACAUGAAGAUCGUUAUGGAUGCUCAAAGAUGGUUUCCUGGGGCAGGCUGGAAGACAUUUUAUCCCCUUGAGGAAACAGAUAUUUGUGAGAACGCAUGUGAACAUUUUCCAGAAUUCAUGAGCGGAGUUUUCGAAGCCAUGGGUCUCACAGCAGACAAAGAAAAUCUAGCAAACACUUGCCCCAUACCUGCAGGAGAGUACAUAAGCAAACCUAUGAAAGUCAAGUACCAAUUUUCUAAAUUCCCAGAACUGCCUUAUGGAGAAGCUCGAGGUAUACUUAGUUUCAUGGAUGGUGAUGAAAGAACAAUUUGCCUAAUUGUGGGUGGUGAGGUAGUCCCAGAGGAUUCAGCCAAAGGAAUUGAUAUUGACGACAGCAAAUGGAAUUGA